GGGUCAGAGGUGGAACGCUUUCUGACUGGGUAGUCACCUCUGGAUUGUCCCGCCUUUUCUAUACCAAAGCGCGCGCAAUGACGGUUGUAUUGCUUUUUAAUUGGGAGGGGAAAGUUAAUUGAUGUUGGUGGGUGCAGGAGCCUAGUUGCGAUGUGGGGAAGAAGUUGUGUGGCUCUUUGGUCCCACCUACCCCCGCUCGAGUAGAAAAUCGCAGACCGUGCUGGGCUGGAGUUCUUUCUGACAGAGUUGUCUACACUGACUGGCAGCAACUCUCCAGGGUUUCUGACAGGAGCAUUCCCAGCCCUACUUGGAGAUGUCAGGGACUGAACCUUGGACCUUUGAAAGCAGAUGCUUUAUCAAUGAGCUAUGGCCCUUCCUAAAACACAUCAAGCUUGUGUCAGGCUCACUAAUCUGUAGCAACCAGUAUUUCAUCUGAAGCCUUUGAAAAAGAUCCAGACGUGUACAAGAAAAAUAAAGAAUGUAUCACUAGCUAUCUUCAAUAUCUCUACUAUAGAGUUUUGAACUCUACAACUCAGAGGUAGCAAAUUCCAGCCUGUUGAUAGUAAUAGAAUAUAAAAAAAUCUGAAAUUCGUACCUGAGAUCUUGGACUCCUGAUUUCAAGUGGAGAGAUUCACAGGUCCACCAGUGUGUGUUUUGCCUUCACUUCCCAAAAAUGCCUGAUGUGAAAAGACACUGAUUUCCAACAUGCCAAGUGGCAGUGAACAUCCAAAUCUGGAUAAUGUGGAAAUUAGACCAUUUCAGCAAAGAAACACCAUUUGGAAAAUUUCAUCAGUGACUUUGUCAUUUCCAUGUGAUUAUACAUUUUAACAAACCUGGAUAUUUAAGUGACCGUUUACAAGCCCAGCUGCGUUUCAGAGACAACAGUAAUGUAUAACUUUAAAAAUCUGAUACCAGUGAAGCUUGUUUCCCUGGUUCACAAUGACUCUUCACUGGGAAACUAAAUGUAACAAGGAACAUUUUAUAAUAAUCAUGUUUCUGUUAUUGGAUAGUAAAGGGGUAGAAAUGGCUAUUAAGACUCCACAGUGUUCUAGGCUCUUUAAAACACAAACUAUACCUUUAUUAACUCUUUAAGCUGUAGGAUACAUGAAAUUUCAAAUAUUGAUUCACACAAAAAAUGUAAAUCCCAGUUUGUAGUCAGUUUUGUUACAAACAAUAAACCAUAUCAGAAGUUUCAUUAUGGCUACUUAACCACCCCUCCCAAAUUAGUGGGAUGAAAUUUUUCCUUUGGACACUUCUUAUGAAAUAUUCACACUUCUAUCCUUGAAUGAAUUAUUUUAAAAAUAUGAAUGUUUAGGAAAAUAUUUUAGGCAUUGUGUGUAAAAUGAACUAUUGUAUUUAUUAACUAUAUUUUCUCCAUAAUCAAAUACCUGAAAGUGCAACAUGCCUGGAGCAGCUCAAAUUCAUAUUUUCUUUGGUGCACCUAGCCUUCCAGCCUUAUUAAAGACUCCUAAAGAUGAGAAAUGUUCAACAUCUACUUCAGAAACAUGGCAAAAACUCUACCUUUCAUUUACUAAAGACACUUUUAACCUUCAUACCCAACAAUGUAUGUGUCUUGAGCAUGCAGGUCAUCAGACACCUAAUGAUAUAGCAUUGAUUUCCCCCGCCAAAGAUCACUUCCCAGCAGAUGCUGGAGAAAAACAUAAGUUGAAUGGGACAGACUAUAUAGCUGAUGCUGGAAGUAUAAAAUUCUUCAGCAAUAAAGAUAAGGAGAUGGGAGAAUCAACUGGCAACAGUUGUCAUGUCUAUGAAGGUAAAAGCACAGAGAACCACGUGAAGCAUCUUGCAUAUCAGCAGCUUCUCAGUCAUGUAAAAACAGGUGAACAAAGUGAACAAUCUGAAGAUGCUGAAGGAGGUGCCCCUAGCACAAUACAUAACCAUUUUAAUGUUUCUCCCUUGGUUUCUAGUACCACAAAGAUUAGCAGAGGUGUGGAGUCUAUAGGACAAAAUGAUAAGCUAUCAGACUUUCGGUGUGAUCAUUACCAGCUCUUGAGUCAAUACCUGGAGAUAGGUUGUCCACAAAUAAUGAAAGAACCAAAGACUGAAAAAACCCCAGAUAUGUGUUCAAGUCUUGCAGUGUCAACAGACACUGAAUUCCUUAGUAUUUUGACUUCAAGCCAAGUUGCUCUGCUUUCAGGAAGGCAAGCUGUAGGACAAAACGUAAUACAAAGGAAAUCUACAAUGGAAAGGGGAACAGAAUUGAAUGAACCUGGUAGGGAAGAAGAAGCAAUUGCAGAUCUGCAUACUCAGUUAAAUGAAAAUAGAGGUGCAUGUGCAAAUGUGGCUGAGACAGACAGCUCUCUUGAACUCUUUGAUUUUGAUACUACUGUGAAAAGUAACUCAUAUUUGAGAGAAAAUUGCUUUCAGGAAAAUGCUACUAUACCUACAGGCCCCAUGUGUUCACCUGAUGAUAAACUUAAUCAUGAGGUACAUUAUACUGAACCAUGGAAGAAAGUGAUAUAUUCUCAAGGAGGCCACUCUGCUAAAAGAACUCAAGUAUCUGAAAAUACUUUACCUGCAGCUAACUUUACAGUUGGAGAUCAGCAGCAACCAAAGAAAGCCAAAUUGAUUUGUUCUCCAGUUUGUCCAGUUCCACAAAUAAAGCAACUGAGAAUUUCAGUGUUUAAGGAAGUUCAGAAGCAUCCAUCAUUGCUUAAAGACUGUUUACGCAAAGGCCAGAAGUAUGCUAUCUUAGUCACAGUACUACAUCCUUGCCAUAUCAAAGAAAUACAAAUCAAGUCAGGAUCUAAAUUGUCCUCAAGAGUCCCCUUAGCCACAAUUGUAGUUUUUGAUCAAUCUGAAAUGCAGCGAAAGGUUUUGUUGUGGAGAGCAGCAGCAUUUUGGUCACUUACAGUAUUUCCCGGAGAUAUCGUACUAUUCACAGAUGUCAUUGUAUAUGAGAAUCACUGGACUAGGGAAAUGAUGCUGCAAUCAACGUUUACUAGUCAGUUGUUGAAAUUUGGAAGCUGCUCAACUAUUAGUCAAAAUGAAUUUUCACAUAUAGUGGAUGUCAGUAUUCUCCAGGAUUUGCUGGCGUAUGUGUCUUCCAAGUAUGCCUGUCUCCAAGCUCUCCCCCAAAGGCAGACCCAGACGUUGAACAACAUACAACAUGUUCAAUUAGAUAAACUCAAACCAGAUAUGCUAGUGCACUCAGUAGUGAAAAUUGUCAACAUCACUGUGCUAUCAGAAUCUACAUAUAGUUACAGAGGAGAGACACAAAGAAAGAUUAUUCUAACAGUGGAACAAAUCAAGGAUCAGCAUUAUGCCUUAGUGUUGUGGGGAGCUCUAACAGUGUAUUAUCCUCAACUUCAAAGGAAAAAAGGUCAUAUUUGGGAAUUUAAGUAUCUAUUUGCGAAACACAGUCCUGUCUCUGGUGAACUUGAAUUGCAUACGACGCCGUGGUCAUCCCUGGAGUGUCUCUUCAAUGAUGACAGAAGAGCUGUUGAGUUCAAAGAGAAGUUUGAAACAGAUGUCAAGCCACUGAUGAGUAUAACCACUCUUGCUGCACAUCUAGACGAGAAGUGUUCUGGAAUGAUCCAAGUGAAAGCCUGCAUCACAGAGCUGAAAUUUGCUGUUGCCUCCUCUCCACAUGGGCGGCUUGUCUUUGAUGCUAAUACUUCACUGCAGGACAUAUUUGCCUCUCUAACUCUGAUCACCUAUGCAGGCUGUGCAAAAUGUGGACUUGAACUACACAUAGAUAACAAGAUCUACAAACAGUGUAUUAGCUGCAUACCCUUUAACAAACUGAAGAUAUUCUACAGACCUGCACUAAUGACUGUAGAGGAUGGGAGAUACGAAGUCUCUGUUCAAGUGGUGUCACAACUGAUGGAGAAAAUGUUCCUCAAUAUUCCAGCAGAAUGGCUGAGCAAGGACAUAGAGCCAUCCUUAAAUACCACCUAUGGCAUGAUAGUAGCAGAUCUAUGUCAUUCGCUGCUGACAGACUCAAAAGCUUCCUACGUUUUGGCAAUUAGGAGCCAUUUUGUAUUGGAUGAAAACAGCUACCCUUUGGAGAAGAACUUUCAUCUCCUAGAUUUUCAUCUUGAUCUCUGAAGCUGGGGCUUCCAACAGCACUCAUCAACCAGCCCCCCUUCCCCCAGUGUGAUUUAAAAAAAAUGAAAUGUAAUUUUUAUUUUUAAUGUGUAUAAAAUCUCCCAGAUAUUGUAUUAUUUUUGCAGAUACUAUUUCUAAUUUAUUAGUAGUAAUCAUUUCUGUGCAAAAUCCUCCCAGUAAUGAUUAUUAAACUGACUUUUGUGACUAAUAUUUCUCUUCCCAAUCUUUCCUCCUCUAGACAUCAGGAGUUUCCUGUAGCUGGACUAAUGCUGAGAUAUUUUGAAAAUAUACAGUUUUUCAUGUCUCACCUAAGAAGCUAUCUUUUCCUACUCCACCCUUCUUUGUCAACCCCAAUUUUGGCUUAGAUAUAAUUGCACUGUGAUAUUUAUGAUAAAAUCUACUUUUGAAAGUAAAUAUUACACUCCCAAAUGCCUUGUGAAAUAUGAGUACUCAACAAUCUUUUUUUUUCCUGAAGAGCUUUUCAUCUUGAACUUGCAGUCUAUUUUGUUAACAAAGCGAAUAAAACUGUUGACUAACACUUUUACAUUCAUA